AUGGACGAGAGAGAGAAAGAGGAAAAGGCAGAUUCUGUUUCCGUCUCGAAUCUUUUUAAACGUCAUUGUCAUAUGGUAUCAAGAAACAUUACUUGUUCUCCACGGCUUCUUGGAGCACAUGAUGCUGUUAAAGCACCCCUUGUACCCAAACUUGAGUUUCUUCAGUUCAAAGGAGCUUCAAGCUUCUACAAUGAUUUCGUUAGAGACCUUUCACGGGAAGAAGAAGAAGAAGAAGAAGAAGAAGCUGAUGAUAUAACCGGAGAUGUAUUCGUUUUGAAAGCAUUAGGUGUGCCUCAAGAGUUGUUAAUCCCAUUGUUCAACUCCAAUACCUUAGGAUCUGUCAGUGGCAAAGGAAAAUAUAGAAGAGCUAUCAAGGAAGUUGUUGAUAAGGGUUUUGAUCCGACCACAUUGAAAAUAUUCCAAGCUCUGCGUAUUAGGAACAAAACAGUAGAAAGGAAAAGUCAAUGUCUACUAUAA